GAGAGAGAGAGAGAGAGAGAGAGACCUUAACAGAGCGAGCCCACGCAGCAGAGAUCACCUGUGCCUCGAGUGAGUGAGCGAGCAAGCAAGCAGAGUGAGUCAGUGAGUGUUUGACGAUUUUAAUACGUUCUACCCCUAAAGUACUCCUAUGAGGAGCACGUCUUGGUGACUGGCCACCAUGCGCAACGACUGACCUGCUGGCUGGUUGGAGCCGUAUGCUGCACAGCACCCUAUAGUCCGCAUCACUCGCUGACAGCUUGUACUCAGAGCAGCCGGCUGGAUUAUUUCAGAUCACCACUGCACAGAGCGAAGCAGCCAUGACAGAUGCAGUGAUCGGUGGCAGCUCGGAUCGCUGGGCGUCCAACGGCGGGCAGAGGAGCGUGCACACUAACGAUAAGGACCAGGCCAACUGGACCUCGCAGCCGGGUCAGGGAGCGACCCCUGACCUGACCGACGAGGAGAAGGAGAUCAUCAACAAUGUGAUCGCCCGGGCUGAGAAGAUGGAGGCCAUGGAGCAGGAGAGGAUUGGGCGUCUGGUGAACCGUCUGGACGACAUGAAGAAGACAGCGUGCGGGGACGGGGUCUCCCGCUGCCUGCUGUGCGGAGAGCAGCUGGGGAGCCCUGGGGUCAGCUCUGUGGUGUGUGAGGACUGCAAAAAGCACAUGUGCACUAAGUGCGGGACGCAGGCCGACAGUCGCCCGCGCUCCGUGUGGCUCUGCAAGAUCUGCAAAGAGCAGCGAGAGGUGUGGAAGAGGUCCGGCGCCUGGUUCUUCAAAGGCUUCCCUAAGCAGUUCCUGCCGUCGCCCAUGCCCAUCUCCAAACCCAAAGAGCCGAAGGAGGGGAAGCAGCCGCAGGCCGCCGCGGCCCGCGGACCCACGGCCUCGGCAGCGCGGGAGAAAUCAGCACAACCACAGCAGCAAGGUCAUCCCCAGGGGGCUCACGCUGAACCGACCGCAGGGCCAGAGCGGCAGAGCCGUACCGGUGGCUACCCCCCUGUGGCCCUGAAGCCGUCGGAGGUGCGGAUGUCCGCAGGUGGGGUCGGUGGGCCGGCCCAGGACAGCCCCGUCAUGAUGAAGAAGGCUAUGACCGUCCAGAGCUCCAGACCCCAGCCGGCUGCAGCCAUGGCCCAGCCAGGUCCGAUGGCGGGAGAGGCAGGGCCCUACUCCUCAGGCGGCGGCGGCUCUCUAGAGCAGAGAGCGCCCCCUGCGGUGCGAGAGGAGAGGAGGCAGCCGGUGGCCCGACAGCCACCACCCCCCGCGGAGGAAGACGACGACGCCAACGACAUUGAUUCCGACGAAGCCACCACACUGGGGUCUUUGGAGUUCAGCCUGCUUUACGAGCAGGAGAGCAGCAGCCUUCACUGCAGCAUCCUCAAAGCCAAAGGAUUGAAGCCGAUGGACUCCAACGGACUGGCGGAUCCAUACAUUAAGCUCCACCUGCUUCCUGGGGCUAGUAAGUCUACAAAGCUGCGCACAAAAACCCUGCGGAACACGCGCAACCCUGCAUGGAAUGAGACGCUAACAUACCACGGCCUGACGGACGAGGACAUGCAGCGCAAAACCCUCAGGCUCUCCGUGUGCGACGAGGACAAGUUCGGGCAUAACGAGUUUAUCGGAGAGACCAGAGUGGCCCUGAAGAAGCUGAAGGUCAACCAGAAGAAGAACUUCAACGUGUGUCUGGAGAGAGUGGUUCCUAUGAAGAGGACUGGCACAGCCGGUGCAACCCGCGGCAUCUCUCUCUACGAGGAUGAGCCGGGAAAGGACGGCAGCGAGGUGGAGGAGCGCGGGAGGAUCCUCAUGUCCCUGAUGUACAGCACCCAGCAGAACCGCCUGCUGGUAGGGGUGGUGCGCUGCGUCCACCUGGCAGCCAUGGACGCCAACGGCUACUCUGAUCCCUUUGUCAAAAUAGUUCUGAAGCCUGAUAUGGGCAAGAAAGCCAAGUGCAAAACCCAGAUCAAGAAGAAGACAUUGAACCCAGAAUACAAUGAGGAAUUCAGCUAUGAUAUCAAACACAGUGACCUGGCCAAGAAACAAUUAGACAUAUCUGUGUGGGACUACGACAUUGGCAAAUCCAACGACUACAUUGGUGGAUGCCAGCUGGGCAUCACUGCCAAGGGAGAGAGGCUGAAGCACUGGUACGAGUGCCUGAAGAACAAGGACAAGAAGAUAGAGCGCUGGCACACCUUGUACAACGAGAACCACGUCAACAGUGAUUAACCAGUCACCGAACAUCGGGAACAUGCAUGAGUCAUCUAACCAUCUCCCCCGUUUCCCCUCGAAACACUUGGGAAUCUGUCGCAUUUAGCCUUUCUUUCCUCCUCUCUUUUUGUGCUCUCAACCAGCCCCUGGCACUCCCCCGCCCCCGACGUUUAAGAAGUUAUUUCCCAUCUUUAUCUUCACUGUAUCCCCUUCCUGUGCUCAGACUGCGAGUCUGCCCGUGGAACGUUUACGAUCAUUAUUGCAAUCGAAUAAGUAUAGACUCGAGAGUGUGUCACUUUAGCAUAAAGCUGCACAAAAACACUCAUGCCUGUCCGACAUGUUAUAUAGUAUACAGGAGUGCUCACGUCCUAAGCUCCAGAGGAUAUUGUUUUUAUUUUAUUGCACUGGCAUGAAACAAUUAAUGUAAUAUGUUAUGGCAUCUGAAGUCACAACCGUCCUUGUAUGUUAUGUUACGAUGGGCCGGCCGUCACGUUUUCAUUUCCGGCGCCACGUUGGAAGCUAACACUUGAGCAUGCUAACCCCACAGGCAUAAGAUAAACGUGGCCGUGCUGCUGUGAUAUAUAAACGGUUCCGGUGUCAUGGAUUUGUGUCCUUAAGGAAAAAAUGUUUACAUAUAAAUAAGUAGCUCAGGUUAGGAGAUAUCUAAGUGGAAGUUAAGAAGACGUUUGGAAAUAGUUUGCAUCUCAUUUAUUUCCUCCAUAGACAUAGACCAUUAUUUGGUGUUUAUGAGAAACAUAAGUUCCUCUUUAUUUGAGACCUUAAAUGAAUAGCACAUCGAGAUAAGUAUAUAUAUAUCUAUAUGUCUUGACUUAUUUGUGUUAGAGUUUAAUCUGAGAAGAACAAAAACUAUGAUUUUCUAUUAAUUUUGGGCUUAUUUGACUAAGACCUGUCUCCACUGCUAGAUGUAAUUAUCUAAAGCACGUGCCUCACAUGGAGAGCUCAGUGUUUUUCUACCACGGCUUUUAUACUGAAUGCACACACGCUGAACAGCUACUAUGAGGGCUCUAUGUGUAAGCCCACAUGGAAGGGUUGUGACAUGGUACCUAUGUGGAGUGUGGCAUGCAUGCACUUUCAGAGUGUGCCUGACGCAUCGAUGACCUGCUCUUACCUUAACACACCACAACCCCCCCCCCACACACACACACACACACAAUCACACCCUUUCUAUUGGCUAAGACCUCAACCAAUCAAGGCUUUAAUGGGUGUCUGAUCAACAAUCACUGAGAUCCAAGAAAAGCACACCUGACUAAAUGGAGUGACCUCAAUUUAUACCCAGCGGUUUCUAUUGUAAACCAUAGAACUACACUCAAACUAAAGAAAAAAAUUAUUAAGAGAAAAAAAACUAUGCAUGAAAUGUCUUGUGGUGCAAGAUAUAUACAGUAAUCAUUCAUUUAAUUCAAAUGAUUUUAAUGUAAUUCAACGUUUACUCUUCUACUCCCCCCCUCCCCCAUAACAUUCCUCUGAAUAUUUUAUACACAGAAGCCCACCAAAAUGUAAAUGCAUAUUGUAAAUGCACAUUUCGCUGCAUGACUAUCAGGAUGCGCAUUAGUGUUGAUGAGACAGGCUUUUGAAUAAUGGCGUAGUAGAGGACUGUGGUGUUAUCGAGUGCAAGUUACCACGUGACACGUCUAGUAGCAUCAUCACCACAAGUGAUGAAAGAGGACAUCAGUGGAGAAAAGAAAAGCCUCUUUCAAUAGUCCACCUGAGGAAGGAUCUGAUUCUUUCUUCUCUGCAUCACAUGUGAUAGUAUCUCUCUCCCAUGCGCCAACACGAGGGCUUCUUCUUGUCUCCAUUAACGACAGAAAAUGUAACAAGUAGAAUCGUGCAGUGAACCGUGAUGUUGAAGUAAUGCUACGGUAGGAUCACCGAAAUAAGUGGUCAACAACACUAACCGAGCGCACUCUCACACUGUCUCUUUUUCUGCAGGCUUUUCUCUGAGCUACAACUUAACUUUCUCCUGUCUUCUAUUUUGUGUCGAUUGAUUCUGCCAAACCCAUAGGAAUGUAAGCCGACUCGUGUGUGCGUCGUUAUUCUUUGUACAUAGGUAGUGCAUGCACUGAUAAUAUGUAUGUUUAAAAAAAACAACGACUUUGCAUGUAAAGAUUUUGCAGAGUUUACACGGAUUAAUAAAAGUUGUGGGGGGAAAAUGCUACAA